AUGGCUCCCAAGGCCGCUUUGUUCAUGAGCACAGAAGAGGGAGAACCUCUGAUACCCUUUCACACCUUUCGUUUCAAUCUUCGCACAGUCCUUACAGCGCCUGAUAAUGCUACCCUUCCAUCGGAUCCCGCAUCCCAUAAACCUCCUCUCCACAUUUUACACGCAAGGCCGUUCAACCAUCUCAGUGUCUGGGCGUAUCUUGCCUUCGCUUUUAUUGUUCUUGCCACAACUACCGUCAUUUCAUAUGCUAUAUACAGCUGUUAUCACUCGUCGAGGAAGAAAAUGGAGGCUGGCAUGGCCCUCCCUGUGAUCCCCGUUGGACAAAACCGAGUGACUUGGGCUGACUUGGAGACUUCGGACACCUUGGUCAAGGUUGAACAUACUGCUGGAGUAGGCGAAAAGGCUAACUUAGGCAGCGUACUGGACAGUAAAAUCGGACUUGAUAUGGCACGCAACAGAGGAGGACACAAGAGGAUAGACUCGGACAGCGAGGUGAAUAUGUUUUCUCGACCUAGCAACUCUUCCUCUAUGCCGAAUGUCAACGACAUGUCUUUUGAGUCAGACACUCAAUAUUUGACUUCCCCACCUUUGGCACAUACCUCGGACAAAUCAGCGACAUACAUACCCUUCCAUUUACCUCCUCCGCCUCCGUCGCCUACUCCUGCCCAUAAGGAGAACCUUGAAAGGCAAUAUCGUGGCCGCGUUCAUCAGUCACCAGUGUCGCCGUCGCCUUCUUUUUCCUUCACAACUUCGUUGCCCCAGAUCACCCCAAUUAAUCCCCAAUUGUCAGCUGAUGAUCGUUCGAGACAACCUUGGAACUCAACGGCUCUAACAGGGAGCAGUCGAUCCACCAGGCAAUUGCAUAAUACAGGAUUUGAGGAAUGGGAUGAUACCUCUCAAUUUGAUACCAACAACAAUCGCUUCGUACCACAUCUCAAUCCCUUCAUGGCUCCUCCCAGUGCUCAGCUCUGGAAUGACCCCAAGCUUUCUCCUGUGCAAGGCUCUAUGAUUAGCAAGGCAAACACUUCCGGUUCAUCGACUACGGGAGAGUCAUCAUUUUCCAAGGCUGUCAUGGAGGCUUCAUACUCUUCUCCCCCCGUUAGCGCCCGGAAGAGAUCUAAGUCUAUAUUAGGCAAUGAUGUCCGACGUCAUAGAGAAGACAAGGAAAAUGUGGACGGCUCUUUCCAUGACAUGCCUUAUGGAAGGAAUAUUGCCUGA